AGGGAACAUUGGGGUGCAGAUAUCUUUUCCAGUUAGCGUUUUAUUUCCUUCAGAUAAAUACCCAGAAGUGGCUUUGCUGCCAAAGAGAGAUGGGGGGUGUGGCCAAGAAGAGUGAAAAUCAGUCACUGGCGACUUUGCUGUGCUUCCCCUUUCACUCUUAGAUGCUGCCAGGGUCCCUGAAGACAGAAGACACAUGAGGAAACAGGCUCCCGCCUAGACACAGCACCAUGCAUCUCCUCGGUCCCUUGCUUCUGCUUCUCGAAUACUUGGCUUUCUCUGACUCAGCCCAGUGGACGUUUGAACAUCCCAAGAUCCUCUACGCCUGGGAUGGAGCCUGCGUCUGGAUUCCCUGCUACUACCGUAUCCUAAACAAGCACUCGCUAGAUAACCUGACCGUGUACCACAAUUAUAAGUAUGACAGCUCCACCAAGAGCUACAAUGGGACCAUCCUCUAUAAGAACCUAAAAAUCAGGGAGUUUCCUGCUCGUCAGGGAAGGGUACAGUUCCUGGGAAAUGGCAGAUACAACUGCACCCUCCUCAUCAAUCCCGUGAAAGUCAAUGACAGCGGUCAGCUGGGGCUGAGGAUGACGUCUGGGGAGAACAAAUGGAUGGAGGCCAUCGGCCUCAACAUCUCUGAGACGGCUCCUCCACCCCACAUUGAGCUCCCUCCAGACAUCCGGGAGCUCCGCGACGUCACUGUCACCUGCUCGCUGAAUUUCGCCUGCUUUGAGUACCAGGUUCAUCUGCAGUGGUCCCUGGAGGAGCGUGCGGUCACCUCCACCUCCCUGUCCACCGAGACCGUCUCCACCCAGAGCACUCUCACGUUCCAGCCGCAGUGGACUCACCACGGCAAGAACCUGACCUGCCAGCUCUGGGACCCCACGGAACAGCAGUUACUCUCUGAGGAAACGGUGUGGCUGGACGUGAAGCACGCGCCGAAGUUGAAGAUCCAGGUCAGUCCCAGAGAAGCCACUGUGACAGAGGGAGAGUCUGUGACCAUGACGUGCCAGGUUGUCAGCAGCAACCCACGGCACCAGAAGGUGGCCUGGCUCAGGGACGGGGUCCUGCUGGUGGGGGAGGAGACGCCCACGCUCACUCUGCCCGAGGUGACCAGGAGGAUGAGUGGGCAGUACCAGUGCAAGGCCCACAACGAUGUGGGCUCCGAAGAGUCGGAAGCAGUGGACCUCCAAGUGCACUAUGCUCCGGAACCUUCCAGGGUUCAGAUCGUCUCCUCGCCAACGAAGGAAGGAAAUAAAGUAGAGCUGACGUGUAUAUCACUGGCCAAUCCUCCUCCAACGAAUUACACCUGGUACUACAAUGGGCUAGAAAUGCCUGGAAAGACGGACAGGACCUUCCAGAUCCCAGAGGUCCUCCUCAGGCACGCUGGGGAGUACUCCUGCUUGGCGGAAAAUGAUCUUGGUCCUGGACAAGUUGGCCAGGAAGCUGACUUGGAAGUCCAGUAUCCCCCCAAGGAGGUAAUCACAGUGAUUCAAAGCCCCACACCGAUUCGAGAAGGAGACAGUGUGAUCCUGUCCUGUACCUACAAUUCCAGUAAUCCCAGAGUUACCCGAUAUGAAUGGGAUCACCUAGGCUUCCAGGACCAGCUAUCACCCGCUGGGCUGACAAUUCGAAAAGUUGCCUGGGACACAGGGCCAGUCAAAUGCGCAGCCUGUAACCAGUGGUGUUUGUGGUCUCCCCCUGUCGACCUGGAUGUCCAGUAUGCCCCCAAAGAUGUCAGUGUCCAGGUCACUCCCCACAGUGAGAUUCGCUCUGGGCGCCCGGUCCUCCUCCAAUGUGACUUCUUAAGCAGCCGCCCCACGGAUGUCCGCUUCUUCUGGAAGAAAAAUGGAAUCUUUCUGGAGGAAGGAAAGAAACUGAGCUUUGACGCCAUCUCUCCAGAAGAUGCUGGAACUUACCACUGCUUGGUCAACAAUUCCAUAGGACAGACCUCGUCUAAGGCCUGGGCUCUCCAAGUGCUGUAUGCACCCAGGAGCCUGCAUGUGUCCAUCAGCCCGAAAGACGGAGUGGUGGAGGGGAAGAAAGCAGUCCUGACGUGCGAGAGCGACGCCAACCCUCCCACCUCCCACUACGCAUGGUUUGACUGGAAUAACCAAGACCUCCGCCAUUACGAUCAGACGCUGAGAUUGGACCCUGUGACGCUGCAGCACUCAGGCGCCUAUUGGUGCCAGGGGACCAACAGGCUGGGCCGGGGCCAGUCGCUGCCCACCACCCUCACCGUCUACUAUAGCUCAGCCUCCAUCAUCAGGCGAGUGGCCUUGGGAGUGGGGUUCUGUCUGGCCAUCUUCCUCCUGGCAAUCUGGGGAGUCAAGCUGCAGCGGAGCUGGAAGAGGAUUCAGAGACAGCAGGGGCUUCAGGAAAGUUCCAGUGGACAGAACUUCUUUGUGAGGAAUGUAAAGGCUCGAAGGAUCCCCCAAGCUGAAGGCCCCCACUCCCUGGGGUGCUACCAUCCAGUGACGGAAGACGCCGUCAGCUACGCUGCCUUGCGCUUUCCUCUUGGCGAGACGGAUGUACCGAGACCUGGAGAUGCAGGGACCUCAGAGACGCGGGGACUUUCCUCAAACAGGGACGACACGGUCACUUACUCUGUGGUGCAGAAGCGUCACGUGGGCGACUAUGAGAACGUGACUCCAGAGGUCCUAGAAGACGAGGGGAUACAUUACUCGGAGAUGGUCCAUUUUGGGUUUGGGGAGCGGCCGCUGGCCCAGGAAGGAGUGGAAUACGUGACCCUCAAGCAAUGAUGGGCCAAACCAGCUGAGGUGGAGGGGCCAGGGGCCGCAGCGGCCAGGGUGGUCCUGGAACUUUCUCAGCCUCUGCUGUUCAGCUGCGAAAUCACACACACACACACACACACACACACACACACACACACACGCACGCACACGCACGCAUGCACGCAUUCACACACAUGCAUGCACGCACACACACGAGCACACACACACAGUCACAGUUACUGCAACCCCAGUUGGUGCAGAGAACUUUGUACAUGGUCCAGAGACAGUCUUCCUUCUUAGCACUGGUAACACCGACCCUCCAAAGGGUCUGUCCCUGGUCCUUUCCCACUCCCCUUCUCACCCAGAAAUUCAUCUAAAUACCUAUCCUGAGCUGUACAAAUCCCCCUGCCCCUUCCCAGCCGUCUGCCACCACCUACCCACUCCCAAACCCCACUCCGCAGCUGGCUGUGUCCCUGCGGGGAUCAGCUGGUCAUUAUUUUUAUUGUCCUCUCUCCCCAUCCCUUUGACACCUCACCCCUGCUCUGAUAACUCCACUCACUAAUCUUAUGCGUAAUUUUUGACCCCAGGGCAAAGCCCAGGGAAAGAGGAACAAAAAUGAGGUAGAGGCCCUGCCCUGGGCUGGUUUCUUCUCUCAGAGGCCUUCCACGGGGAGGAUUACGCUGCUGCGGCUCCUUUCCUCGAGGGUCUCAUGGUCUGAGAUAUACACUGAUGUGGACAAACGUGUAACAGACACAGAGCUACACAAUAAACAUGGCUCAGAUGCCACGUCAAAGAGCCA